ACGCGCCCUUUGCGUUUUGCCCAAUGAGCGCUACGGAAGCCGUGAAGUUCUGAUUCUACGACGUUCCGCUUCCUCUCUGCCAGGCUCCUCCCCGGUCCAAGCUAAGUGCCAGGCUGAGAGUACUCGGGGAAAGAGACAGGAAUAAAGUGUGUGUAUGAUAAAAGACGAUAUCGUUUUUCACAUCCCCGGGGAAGUUUGUGAAAUCUCAGCAUUAAAUCUGGGCUUUAAACGGACUGAAAAUCAGCAGAGACGGGGCGGGACGGAGUCUCGAGAGUUUGGCCGGAGUGCGGUUGAUAUUUUUGCGGUUGACAGCAACCGUGCAGGUGUACGUGUGUGUAGAUGUGUGACAGCGGAGUGUGUGAGGACAAGCCCCCAGCCCCCCCUGUCAGGAUGAGCAGCCAAGGAGGAGGACCUAAGGACUCCCAGUCAGCCAAUCACAGCUCUCGGCCACUGCCGUCUGUACCGGAGGAGAGGAAGUCCAGAAACAAGAUCAUCUCCAUGUUUGCCUCUGAGAAAGGAGGCAGGAAGAAGGACCGGGACAAGGACAGGCCGGAGAUCUCCUCCCCCUCAGAUUUUGAACACACCAUCCAUGUGGGUUUUGAUGCUGUCACUGGAGAGUUCACUGGCAUGCCGGAGCAGUGGGCCCGUCUCCUUCAAACCUCCAACAUCAGUAAAUCAGAACAGAAACAGAAUCCUCAGGCCGUCCUCGACAUUCUCAAGUUCUACGACUCCACCAGUGGAAAACAGAAAUACCUCAGUUUUUCCGCCUCGGAUAAAGACUCACAGUCACAAGGCAAGCAGGGUACAACGACCUCCCCAUCAGGUAGCAAGGAUGGAGACUAUGAUGACGAUGACGAUACACCCCCUCCAAUUGUGGCACCGCGGCCAGAACACACAAAAUCAGUGUACACGAGGUCGGUGAUAGACCCACUCCCAGCUCCAGAGGUAGACUCUAAGGCAGCUGACAAACAGAAGAAGAAGGGAGGCAAGAUGACUGAUGAGGAGAUCAUGGAGAAACUCAGAACUAUUGUCAGUAUUGGAGAUCCUAAGAAGAAAUACACUCGCUAUGAGAAGAUCGGCCAGGGGGCAUCUGGCACAGUUUACACAGCCAUCGAUGUUGCCACAGGACAAGAGGUGGCCAUCAAACAGAUCAACUUGCAGAAGCAGCCAAAGAAAGAGCUAAUUAUCAAUGAGAUCCUGGUCAUGAAGGAAAUGAAGAACCCCAACAUUGUCAACUUCGUAGAUAGUUUCCUCGUAGGAGAGGAGCUUUUCGUGGUGAUGGAGUACCUGGCUGGUGGCUCCCUAACUGAUGUUGUGACAGAGACGUGCAUGGACGAGGCCCAGAUCGCCGCCGUCUGCAGAGAGGUCCUCCAGGCUCUGGAGUUUCUUCAUGCCAACCAGGUCAUCCACAGAGACAUCAAGAGUGACAACGUAUUGCUGGGGAUGGACGGCUCCGUCAAACUCACUGACUUCGGCUUCUGUGCCCAGAUCACCCCAGAGCAGAGCAAACGCAGCACCAUGGUGGGGACCCCGUACUGGAUGGCUCCAGAGGUGGUGACCAGGAAAGCCUAUGGACCCAAAGUGGACAUUUGGUCUCUGGGGAUCAUGGCCAUAGAGAUGGUGGAGGGAGAGCCUCCAUAUCUCAACGAGAACCCUCUCAGGGCAUUGUAUUUAAUCGCCACCAAUGGGACUCCUGAGCUGCAGAGUCCAGAGAAGCUGUCUCCUGUCUUCAGAUCCUUCCUGUCCCGCUGUCUGGAGAUGGACGUGGAGAAACGAGGAUCAGGCAGAGAACUGCUGCAGCACCCAUUCCUGAAGGUGGCCAAGCCUCUGUCCAGCCUCACCCCGCUCAUCCUUGCAGCCAAGGAGGCCAUGAGGAGCAGCCGCUAAAUCCCAGUCUCUAAAGACUAUCAGAGCUGACGCCACUGACAGCCAACCAGCCAGCAUCUUCUACUGGUCUACGUAUGAUGACCAUCAGCAGCCUGCUAUGUUUGUGUUUUUUCAAAGGGCCUCUCCACUCCUCCCAGUGCUUCUGUACUGACGCCAGAUUUAUCUUACCUUUGUGCCUUGCAUACAGCCAUAAUAUAAUAUGUUUUCUGUUUGUUGCAGCCAUAGCAUGUGUGUGUUGUUGACGUUGACACUGGUUACUACAGUAUAUCAGGAAUGCAGGAACGCUGUUGCAAAGGUUCAAGACUCUUUGCACACCAAGAGCCAUAUUCACACAGGAUUUUAUCUUACUAGAGGUCUUCCUAAAAGGCGCUAAAGGUUCCAGGCUAAGAGUCUCCUCUUAAAACCUGUUCACAAAGCUUCUCUGAGCAGCUUUUACUGAAGAAAUGAGGAACUCCUAAGCUAAGGGAAGGGGCGCGGUUGGCCCUGUUACUAUGGAUGACAUGUUUAAUGAAUGAACUUACUCUCUACAGUGAUUGGUUGACAGGUGACUGGUCUGUGUCAGUGAAAUAAAAUAUUAAGGAUUACAGCGAAAAUAUUCUAAGUUUGUCAGCGAUGCAAAUUGCAUUUGUCCAAGUAGUGGCGAGUUGUGCAAACCAUCAUCUCUGAUGUUACUGGAUUGUUUUGAUUUGUUGGUGAGCUGACUGGAUCUUUAUUAACUCGCCAGCCAUCAAAAUAUGCUUUUAUGAAUUCAUUAUGGGUCACUAUGGGUCCUCUUCUCACAGACUUAGGAGCUAGUUUUAGCACUGAAUUGCUCUGUGAAUUACUCUUAGACAAAAAUGUCAGGUCUUAAAGUUUGGACAGACACAGCCCUUAUUUUUGGUUUCUUCUAACUUGAACAGUUAGGAGCUACUUUUAGUGGUAGGAUGUUUUAUGAAUAAGGAAAUCUUUAAAUAAUUUUGUGUAUCAGAUAAAAGUUUUGUGACACAAGCAAACUUGUUCAUCACGAGAGAUGAAUAUUGUGAGGAUCCUAGAAUUUUGGUGUGUGGAGAGACUGGAAUCUUUGCAACUGUUUGCUAUGGUUGCUGUUGCUAUGGUUACACGUGUGCAUUCUGACAGGGUCCAAUAGUUUUGAAAUUGGCAUGGAAAACUAAAAUGUACCAAUACUGUGCUGUACUGUGGCCUAGCAUGGGACAAUGCAGUCUUUGUGCAGGGGCAAAGCCAUACCAAUGUCCUUAUUUGACCCUGUAUCUUACUGAAAAUUAAACCAUUCCAGUAAAAGGAAUAGGAUUUAAGUUUUUUGUAAAUUAAAUUUCUGUAAAAGGUUUCAAACCUCUGGUGGCUGUUUAGGUUGUUACCAGGCACCGAAACACACUAUCAUUAACUUGACUUCAUACACCUCUGGUAUCAAACUCUCUCUGUAGGCUCUUCUGCAAACUAUGCAAACCCAUCUGAACACUCUGAUGUUUCCUGCAUCAAAAAUUGCCUUGAAUCCUUGAGCUUACUAUACCUACAAGCCAAAUUUCUUUCACUGAUGUUUUUCUAGCUGUCCUGUUUGUCUUUAGCUGUACCUUUUGCAAUAGACUCCUUACUGUUGGUGUGUUGGUGCGAGUACAACACAAAUACUGUAUGAAAUUGUCUGUCUGAAUGUGUUGAACUGGAGGAAGGCCGUGCAUUUUUUUGUAUAUUAUGUAUUGGUGAUGCCCUGUGUUUUUUUUUUAAACAGCUUUUUUAAAAGUAUGUAUAUCAUUAUUUUAUAUUUGUAACUAACACAACAGAAGACAAAUGAGUUUUUUCAACUUGUUUUUGUAUACCGAUUCAUCCUCAGUUCCCUGAACUGUGCAAUUAUGGACUCCCAACCAUAAAAUGUAUUGAUAAGCCUGAGACACUCGAGCCAGACCUGAGUCAAGCAGUAUUUGGAAACAAUUAUUUGUUUUAACCUGCUUGGAGUACCAAAUUACAGUUUAUACCUAAUUUUCUAGAAAGUUUAGACAAUCAUUGGAAAGUGCUUAAAAAUGGUUAUUAAAUGUGCCCUUAACAGAUGCAUGAUGCAGUAAAACCUACUUGUAUGGUACCAAACAGGUUGACACAAAUACUGAGUACUUGCAAAUACUAUUAACAGGCUGGAAUACACUGUUAUGUGGCUUUUUACCACAACACACAUUCCAGUUAUAUGUGUAAUAUGAAUGAUUGAAGAGUUUAAAAUGAAUGUGUUGUUGUUUAUCAUGAAACCAACAACUUCUGGCGUUGAAUAAAAUCCAUACAGGAUGUAAAUUAUUAAUAAAGGUGGACCUAAAUCGG